GAGCUGCGUGUAGGCAGGGAUAUGCAUUUCUCCACUGCUCAGGACACCUCAUCCCCGCUGCUGCAGACGAGUGGCCGGGCCUGGAGGCUAGCGGUGUGAAUAUGAACUGAUUUGUUUCCAGCCCUGGGCCGCCAAACAGCCCGACGAGUGAGGAGAAAGCGGCACGUAAGCCUGGGCAGAUCCCAGACGUGCAGCCGGGGAACUGUCUCUGGCCGGCCCACGAGGCGCUUGAGGGUCAGAAAGGGCCCGCCCUUCCCAGCCCGGGGCCCAGCAGGGCGAAGGUUGUUCCCAAGGCCACGUGAGGCUUCUUCGCCCCUAAAAGCCCCAAGCAGACCGGGCUCAUGAGAGAAGAAAGUUAAAGACGCCCCAACGUCUCUAUCGCAGCACCAGCAGCCGCCACCGCCGGCCCCGAGGGCACCUCGUCCAGCGGAGCAGAGAUCGCGGCCGCAGAGCGAUGUCCCGCCGCAGCCGGGACGGGCGCCUUGGGCUGCCCGCGCCGCCGGCCCCGCUGCUGCUGCUGCUGCUUCUGGCCGCCGCAGUGCCUCCGAGCCUGGCAGGGGUCUACUAUGCAACUGCGUACUGGAUGCCUACUGAGAAGAGAAUGCUAGUCAAAAAUGUUCUGGACAGGAAUGGGGAUGCCUACGGUUUUUACAAUGACUCUAUGAAAACCACAGGCUGGGGCAUCCUUGAGAUCAGAGCGGGGUACGGUUCUCAAUCCCUAAGCAAUAAUAUCAUCAUGUUCGCAGCCGGCUAUUUGGAGGGUUACCUCACUGCCCCACACAUAUAUGACCAUUUCACAAACCUCUACCCACAGCUGAUUAAGAAAUCUUCUGUGCUGGAUAAAGUGCAGGACUUUUUGAGGAAGCAAGAUCAGUGGACCCGGGAUAACAUCAAAAAUUACAAAAAUGAUCCAUUUUGGAGACAUACCGGUUAUGUUAUGGCACAAAUGGACGGGCUCUAUGUAGGGGCAAUGAAGAGGGCUGUAUCGGAAGGAAGGAAGCCUAUAACCCUGUUCCAGAUUCAGUUCCUGAAUGCUGUUGGAGAUCUGCUGGAUCUGAUUCCCUCUCUUUCUCCUAUAAACUACUCCGACCUGAAAGUUUUCAAGAGAUGGGACAUGGGACAUUGCUCUGCUCUCAUUAAGGUUCUUCCUGGAUUUGAGAACAUCUUUUUUGCUCACUCAAGCUGGUACACAUAUGCAGCCAUGCUCAGGAUAUAUAAACACUGGGACUUCAACAUCAUUGAUAAAGACACCAGCAGUAGUCGCCUCUCUUUCAGCAGUUACCCAGGAUUUUUGGAGUCUCUGGAUGACUUUUACCUUCUUGGCAGUGGUUUGGUAUUGCUGCAGACCACAAACAGUGUGUAUAAUAAAACCCUAAUGAAACAGGUGGUACCCCAGUCUCUCCUAGCCUGGCAAAGAGUCCGAGUGGCCAAUAUGAUGGCAAGUGGCGGCAAGCAGUGGGCGGAGGUCUUUUCAAAAUACAACUCUGGCACCUAUAACAAUCAAUACAUGGUCCUGGACCUGAAGAAGGUAAAUCUGAACUAUGGCCUUGGCAAAGGCACUCUGUACAUUGUGGAGCAAAUUCCUACAUAUGUGGAAUACUCUGAACAAACUGAUGUUCUGAAGAGAGGAUACUGGCCCUCUUACAACAUUCCUUUCCAUGAGAAAAUCUACAACUGGAGUGGCUAUCCAAUGUUAGUUAAGAAGCUGGGUUUGGACUUCUCUUAUGCUCUGGCUUCCCGAGCCAAAAUCUUCCGGCGGGACCAAGGAAAAGUGACUGAUAUGGAAUCCAUGAAAUAUAUCAUGCGAUACAACAAUUACAAGAAGGAGCCUUAUAGUAAAGGUGACCCCUGCAAUACCAUUUGCUGCCGUGAGGACCUGAACGAACUUAACCCAAGUCCUGGAGGUUGCUAUGACACCAAGGUGGCGGAUAUCCACCUGGCAUCCACGUAUACAGCCUAUGCCAUUAGUGGGCCCACAGUACAAGAUGGCCUCCCUGUUUUUCACUGGAACCAUUUCAACAAAACUCUCCAUGAAGGCAUGCCAGAGGCCUACAACUUCGAUUUUAUUACCAUGAAACCAACUUUGUAACUUGACACAGAACGAAGGAGGGAGAUGAGGGAAUAGAAGGCUGCAAAUAAGAUACCAAAGGCACUCUUUUAGCUAUGAUUUCCAUUCAGAAUUAGUCUUAAUAAAAUAUAUUAAAUUCAGUCUA